AUGGCCCGUAUAUCCGCCUUCCUCGAGUGCGAAAACUCCCCGCACGGCGUUCUCGACAUCCGCUUCCACAACACCGCGCAGAGAGCGAGCGGCGAGUCGUGGUGCGAGUUGGCCGCCCUCUUUGAGAAUGCUGACAUCACGGCGUUCGUGCCUGUGAAGCUUCCGCGUGCGCCUCGCGUGGUUCUCUCCCUCGCCACUCGCUUCAUGCGGCGCUUCUGCUGCUGCGGCUCCUGCUACCCGGGCAGGAAGCGGCACUCGCCGACGCGGGUGCAGCAGCCGCUUAGCGGUUCUGUCCCGCCAACCAAGGCGGGGCAAGACGACACCAAGGAAGGAGGGAGUGCCGCGACAGACGUGUUGACAGAAGAUCGCUUUGAGUUGGUAGCGAGGGAUAUUUUAAGGGGCGUCUCCAUCGAGGUACCAAAGGGCAAACUCACUGUGAUCAUUGGGCCCACUGGAAGCGGUAAAUCGACGCUCUUGGCGGCACUGCUGGGGGAGUACGAGGUGACGCGCGGUCGUGUGUGGGCCACGCGAAGCAUUGCGUACGUGCCGCAGCAGCCAUGGAUCAUGAACGCGACGCUGCGUGAGAAUGUACUUUUCUUUGCUGCGGAGGACCCCGGGAGGCUGCGGGAGGCGGUGCGCGUGUGCCAGCUGGAGCCUGACCUGAGGCUGCUGGCGGGCGGGAUGCAGACCGAGAUUGGCGAGAAGGGCAUCAACCUGAGCGGGGGGCAGAAGGCGCGCGUGGGUCUCGCGCGUGCGGUGUACGCCGACCGCGAGUUGUACCUCUUGGACGACCCGCUCUCCGCGCUGGACGCCCACGUUGGCGAGCGGGUCGUGAGGGACGUCCUGCUGGGGCAGCUGGCGCACAAGACCCGCGUGUUGGUGACGCACCAACUGCACCUGCUGCCGCAGGCGGACACCGUGGUGGUGAUGGGCGACGGCGCCGUGCGGUUUGCUGGCAGUCAUGAGGAGUUCAUGGCCUCCCCGCUGUACGCGGAGGUUCUCGCCGACGACGCGAGGCAGCAGCAGCAGCAGCGACAGGAGGAGGCAAAGAAGGCGGAGGAGGUGAGCGAUGUCCUGGACGGCGCGCCCGUGGCAGACGGUGGUGCGCCACUCGGGGCGGCGGCCCCUGGCGGCGCGGGCGCAACGAUGAUGACGGUGGAGGAGAAGGCCGUCGGGUCCGUGCCGUGGUCAACGUACGCGGCGUACUUCGUGCGUGCGGUGGUGUCCCCGCGGUGGUGGCGGUUUUGCUCCUCUUCCUCCUCACCGAGGUGCUGUCCUUGUCCUCAAACGUGUGGCUCUCGAUGUGGUCGACGCGGCGCUUCGGUCUGUCCCCGGGGACAUACCUUCAAGCGUACAUCGCCCUUGUGGUUUGCGGGGCUGUCACGACGCCGCUGCGCUUCAGUGUGGCAUACAACGCCAUGA